CAAUCGUAUUCCUCUUCACUCUUCUUCAGUCGAAGUUGGCUCCAAAGAGACUCCAGUCGUCGAUUCAAAUUUCGAACCAAAAUCACGGUUCAACAUUUUCUUUCUUUCCAUACCUAGAAAUACAAGAAAAAUCCCCAAAUCAGGACACAAGAAAUUGAUUGAUUCUCAUGGCUCAAGGUUACUCAUAUGAAGAAGCACGGAAACAACGAUUAGAAGAUAAUAAGAGAAGAUUUCAGGAAUUGGGUGUUUUAAAGAUGGCCAACAGUCUAUCAAAUGUCAUCAGAAAGAAAAACAAGACUCCGGUGAAAAAUCAAGUGAAAACAAAGACAACUCCUAUGAACCCUGAUUUUGUGAGACACUCUUCACGUCCUCGGAAGCAAGUUACUUACACCGAAAGGCUCAAAAAUUGCAAAACAAGCAGCAUAGCAACAAGAGUUGUUACUUAUGCAAAACGAUCCGAUGCACUGAACCGUGCCAUGAGUUUUCAAAGUGGUUUGCUGUCUGGAAAUCCAUCUUUUGUUAAAUCAAUGUUACCUUCACACGUGGGUAUGCUGAGUGUACCAUUGGAAAUCCGCAAUCACCUUCCUAGGGAAACAAAAGUACUAAUUGUGUUGGAAGAUGAAGACGGUUCAGUGUAUGAGACAGACUACAGGGGAGUAUAUGGACAUCUCACUAUUGGAUGGAAAACAUUUUUUAUGGAUCAUAAAUUGGAUAAUGGAGAUGCCCUGGUGAUUGAGAUUAUUGAGCCAACAAGGCUUAAGUAUAUGUGGGAAAUUUUUAAUGAUAAUCAGACUUGUACAGGUACAUAUUACUUAAAGUGUCCAAUGACGUCGGUGAAUAUUUUUGCGUAUAAUUACAAUGAUUCUCUAUUGGAGUCUGGAAUUGAAUCGAGUACAUCUGAUGUUAAGGAAUAUGUGGCAAUAAUAGCGUAG